UGCACCUCUCCAUCAGUGGAGGCAGCCAGGGCGCAGGUGAGCAAAGCGGGGCCGGGUGAACCCUACUGGUUUCUCGUAGCGAACGGCCGAGCUUCUUCCUUCGAGGCCACGCUGGAGAGAGCCUGAAGAGGACAGGCGGGUGGCUGCAGCUCCUUCCUGGGGUGGAAAAGCUCCAGCUGGUUGAUCUCCAAGCGGUGCCUGAGGUUCACCUUCACCAGCCCACACCCCCAGGGGCCAAGCCCUUUGCUGCAAGCAUGGACAUCGUGGAGAGGGUCUUCUCCGUGGCCCAGGCCAUCCACGCCCAAUUCGAGCAGGUGAAGUGCUGUAAGCACCAGUGCCAGCGUCUCGUGGAGCGCAUCCAGAUCCUGCUGGAGCCCGUGAGGAUCCUCCAGGCUCAGCCGCGAAAGCACAUUUCCCACCACGAAGAGGAACUGCUGAAGAAGCUGCUCCGGGUGCUGGGGGAAGCCCAGAAACUCGUGAUCAAAUACAGCCAGGCCAGCUGGAUCCAGAAGUUCCUGAGAGCUCACAGCGCUGGCGAAGAGUUCGUCUGGGUGAACGAGAGCCUGGAGGACAUCGCCCAGGGGCUCUCACUCCUGCUGCAGGCAGAGCAGAAGCAGGCUUUCCUGGAGUCUUUCCAGCCAAAGACAUGUCGCAGGCAGGAUGCCGAGGACCUGAGGGAUGACAGGGCUUUCUUGGACCAGGUGAUCGCAAGUACUGAGGAGCCUGAAGAUGCCCCCGGGGAGAUCUACAUCAACAGGCAAUGUAUGGAGAGCAAGGUAGACUGGAUGCAACACGAGCUGAACAAAAUCGUGCGUGUGAUGGAGUGCUUGAAGAAGGUCAAUGUUGAUAAAAGAGAAGACAUCACCGAGAUCGAGCCACACCAGCUCACCUUCUACAAGCACCUGCAGGACACUGACAGCUACGACCUCUACGAGGGCGAGUACCUCAAGUACCCCGUUGCCAUCAAAACCUUCAAGAGGCCGCUGACCACUGACUCGGCCAAGGUCAGAGACAUCUUCGAGAAGGAGAUUCAGACCCUGAAGAAGUUUGAGUCUCCAAACAUCCUGCGCAUGUACGGGAUCUGCAUUGAGGAGAAAGAUGGGAGCCCCUGCUUCUCCAUCAUCAUGGAGUACUGUAAGCACGGGACGCUGCGGGAUGUGCUGACCAAGCACCGGCAUCUCUCCUGGGAUAUCCGCAUUCGGAUGGCCCUGGGAGCCGCCCGAGGCCUGUACAGGUUACACCAGACGGGGGAGAAGUCCCGGCUUCACGGCUGCAUCUGCAGUAGCAAGUUCCUGGUGGCCGGGGAUUACUGCGUGAAGCUGUCGGGGUUUGAGCUGUGUGAAACAGAGUCAUCCAUCAAGAGGAGAGUCAAGAAGAACUGGAAACAAGUCUCUAUGUUGGCUUACAUUGCUCCUGAGAACCUGAAAGACAUCAACUACCCCUACAAGAGGCCCUGUGAAAUAUACAGCUUCGGGAUCGUGCUGGUGGAGAUUGCAACCUCCAAAAUCCCGUUUGAAGGCUGUACUACCCAGGAGAUCAUAGAGAAAAUCUGCAACCACCAUUACCAGGACCCUGUUGGGGAAGAUUGUCCUGAGGAUCUGCGGAAAGUCAUUGACCAGUGCCGGGCCUUUGACCCCUCCCAACGCCCUUCUGCUGAGGAGAUUGUGGACGCACUGGCUGACCUGGAGAAAAGCAGAAACCAAGGAAGUUAACAGCAAAACCAGGGUUGGGUGACCAAAAGCAGCCGAGCACCUUGGAAAGCAAGCCGUGGGAAAGCAGCAGGCCUUCCUCACACCAGCGAGCCCUUCCCUGCCUCGCAGAGACUGACCGUUCAAUAACCCGUGUUUGUUUCUCAGCUCCGAGCCCCUCACCUCUCCCAGGGGCCGUGCCUGGGAUCUCCUCAGAGGCAGCCAGGGCACCCCACCUCAGGCCCUGCCCCCGAGGGGCCGCCCCCAGGGAGCUCCAGGGGAGGCCGGCAGGAACCCCGGUUGCUAGGGGGAUCAAGAGGGACGGGACACGGCCAGCGUCCCCUCAGGCCUGCCGCUGCCCGCGGGCUGCUGGGGCCGGGCUCCAUCAACGCUCCCUCGGGGCCCUGCAGGCCCCGCCGCCAUGGUAGGGCCCCGCCGCCAUGGUAGGGCCCCGCCCACCUCGGCCCCAGUUUGAAUCCGCUGGGGCUCCCGCUCUUUUCGCCCCUGCGGCGGCUCCCCCAAUGGAAACUCACAUCCCGGCGCUCGCCCCACCCCCUGCAGCGCCUGCGUUCUCUCCACCCAAUCAGCCGUGCCCGCCCUACGGCACUCUGGCCAAUCAGAGCAGACCCUGCCUGUGAGCCUUCACCCGCCCUUCCGUCGGGGAGACGGACAGAGUGGUUGGCCAAUAAGAAAGGCGGGUCAGGACGCUGGUUGCCCAAUAGAAGCGGGCACAGACGUGGUGGCGCGGUGCUGGAGCAGGACGGUUGUGCCUACUGGCAGGUGAGCGAAGGGUCCCGGCCCCGGUCCCCGUCCCCUAGGCCGCCUCCCCCGGCCCGGCGUCCCAGAGCCCCGCAGGCGCGGCUGGACCCCGGCGGCCGGGGGUGGAACGCGGGUCCUGCCACGGCUCGGCCCAUUCCGGCGGCCUGUGCGAUGGCGGGCCCGGGCGCUCGGGCUGGCGGGGGAGAGGCCGCCCCGCCCCGCCCCGCUCCGCGCCGCUUGUGUGGUCGGUUGUUAUUUAAGACACGGGAGCGCCGCGGAGAGCCGCGAGUAAACCCGCGUGUGCCGAGCUGUGAGGCCUUGGCCGUUUAUUUUGGGUUACGGUGAAGCAGGUGCCGCGCAGUGACUGGGGGGGGCCGGAGGGGCCUGGGCAGCGCCCGGGGCUUCUGCUUCGGCCUCCGGGUCGGUGCCCGGGGACUCCCGUGGCGCUGCCCGGCCCCGCGGGCUCUGCCCCCGGUGAUCCCCGGUUCGGGGGGCACUGCCGGCACUGCGGGGGGCGCCGCGGGCACUGGCUGGCUGGGCGCCCCGGCCUUGCCCCCCCUCAAAGCCUCUGAGGCUGAGUGGUGAAAACGUCUGUGUUAACAGCUCUUUACAAUUUUGUUUUAUUAAGACAUACGCAGCAUUUUAAUCCGCGCUGGGGUGGAUGUAUACACUUGGUUUAAGUCUCACAAUUUAUGGGGAAAUUGAAGGGUCUGUUCUACACGGCAACUUUUAUCACGACUGUGAAUUCAGCACUGUAGCAGCAGCACCUGAUCACUGACAGCUUCAUACCUUGCCUGUUCCUGGGGGAGGUGGCAUUUCACAUCUAUUUUUGGCCAAACUUCGAAGGAAUUGGGCAUUAGGAUAAGAAUUACAGAGCAAUUCAUAAGUCAGAAUGUCUUAAAAGGUCUAUAAAAAUAUUUGGCUAUUAUUACAUCCCCCUCUAGUAAUUCUUGUGUAGAUUUUUCUAGUUAUUCUUUGUACUAAAAGCAGCCUUUGCCCUGUUUGCGCAGUGCCUAGCCUAAUAAAUUUUGGUGUGUGCUUCGGACUCUUAAGUAGCACUAAAGGUCUGCAGUUCCCAAGGCCUUUCAGGUUUAUGAUUGCCUAGGUAUUUUUUGAGAAUGUGAAUGACCUUCAGCAGCUUGCAGGCUUUAAUUCACACACCUCCUGCAAAAAAGGACUUUUUUUUGUUGUUAUU